AAACUUUUUUCUCUGGCUCUGCCCCGGGUUUCCCCUUGAAGGGAUUUCCCUCCGCCUCUGCUGCAAGACCCUUUAUAAGAAGCAGACUUUCUAUUUCACUCCUCGCCGAGCCUCGCUGGUUUUAGAGGCUGAAGGCUCGUCCCAAGCACUUUCAGGUGGAGCAGAAAUCAGAGUUUUUGAGCCAUUACUUUCUCAUCACUGCAGCAACUUCCAAAUGCCCGGGAAGAUGGUCCUGAUCUUUGGAGCCUGGAAUGUGCUGUGGACGCUGCUCGCAGCUUCUCAAGCUUUUAAAAUCGAGACCACUCCAGAAUUCAGAACUCUGGCUCAGAUCGGGGACUCCGUCUCAUUGACUUGCAGCACCACCGGCUGUGAGGCUCCGUCUUUCUCUUGGAGAACCCAGAUAGACAGCCCGCUGAAUGGGAAGGUGAGGAGUGAGGGGACCAAGUCCACGCUGACCAUGGAUCCUGUUAGUUUCGCAAACGAACACUCUUACCUGUGCACCGCCACGUGCGAACCCAGUGGGAAACUGGAGAGAGAAAUCCAGGUGGAGAUCUACUCUUUUCCUAAGGAUCCAGAGAUUCAUUUCAGUGGCCCUCUGGAGGCUGGAAAGCCAACCACGGUCAAGUGUUUGGUCCCAGAUGUAUACCCGUUUGACAGGCUGGAGAUGGAUUUACUGAAGGGAGGCCAUCUCCUGAAGAAUCAGGACUUCCUGGGGGAUGUGGACAAGAAGUCCCUGGAAACCAAGAGUCUGGAAGUCACCUUCACUCCUGUCAUCGAGGAUACCGGAAAAGCUCUUGUUUGUCAAGCCAGAUUAUACUUUGAUUCUGUCCCCAAAGUAAGGGAGACUAUGAGAGAACUGCAAGUCUACAUCUCACCCAAGAAUACAGAUAUCUCUGUGAAUCCCUCCACAACUCUGCAGGAAGGUGGCUCUGUGACAAUGACUUGUUCCAGUGAGGGUGAACCAGCUCCACACAUUUUCUGGAACAAGAAAUUAGAUGAUGGAAAGCUACAGCUCCUUUCUGGGAAUGCAACUCUCACCUUAAUUGCUAUGAGGAUGGAAGAUUCUGGAAUUUAUGCGUGUGAAGGCAUUAAUCUGAUCGGGAAAGACAGAAAAGAAGUGGAAUUAAUUGUUCAAGAGAAACCCUUUACUGUUCAGAUCUCCCCUGGACCCCGGAUUGUUGCUCAGAUUGGGGACUCGGUUGUGUUGACAUGUGGCGUCACGGGCUGCGAAUCCCCGUCUUUCCAUUGGAGAACACAGAUAGACAGCCCUCUGAGUGGCAAGUUGAAGAGUGAGGGGACCAAGUCCACGCUGACCCUGAGCCCUGUGAGUUUUGAGAAUGAACACUCUUAUCUGUGCACAGUGACCUGUGGACGUAGGAGACUGGAAAAGGAAAUCCAGGUGGAGCUCUACUCAUUCUCUAGAGAUCCAGAAAUUGAAAUGAGUGGUCUGCUAGUGAAUGGAAACCCUGUCACUGUAACCUGCAAGGUUCCUAAUGUAUAUCCUUUUGACCGGCUGGAGAUUGAAUUACUUAAGGGAGAUACUAUUCUGAAAAAUGAAAACUUUUUGGAGGAACUGGAUAGAAAAUCCCUAGAGACCAAAAGUUUGGAAAUGACCUUCAUCCCCACCACUGAAGAUACUGGAAAAGUUCUUGUUUGUCAGGCUAAGUUACAAAUUGAUGGACUGGAAUUUGAACCCAAACAAAGGAAGAGUACACAGACACUUUUUGUCAAUGUUGCCCCCAAUGAUACAACAAUCUUGGUCAGCCCCUCUUCCAUCUUGGAAGAAGGCAGUUCUGUGACCAUGACAUGCUCCAGCGAUGGCCUUCCAGCUCCAAAAAUCCUAUGGAGCAGACAGCUAAACAAUGGGGCUCUUCAGCCUCUUUCUGAGAAUGCAACUCUUACUUUAAAUUCUACAAAAAAGGAAGAUUCUGGAAUUUAUGUGUGUGAUGGGAUUAACCAGGCUGGAACAAACAGAAAAGCAGUAGAAUUAAUUAUCCAAGUUGCUCCAAAAGACAUAAACCUUACAGCUUUUCCCUCUGAGAGUAUCAAAGAAGGAGACUCUGUCACUAUCUCCUGUACAUGUGGAAAUGUUCCAGAAACAUGGAUAAUCCUGAAAAAGAAGGCAGAGACAGGAGACACAGUGCUAAAAUCUAUAGAUGGCGCAUAUAUCAUCCGCAAGGCCCAGCUGGAAGACGCUGGGGUUUAUGAAUGUGAAUCCAAAAAUGAGCUUGGCUCACAAUUAAAAAGUUUAACACUUGCUGUUAAAGAGAGAGAAACUCACACCACGCUUCACCCUGCGCUUCUCAUGCUCUAUUGCGCGUCCUCCUUAAUCAUACCCGCCAUUGGAAUGAUCGUUUACUUUGCCAGAAGAGCCAACAUGAGAGGGUCAUACAGUCUCGUGGAAGCACAGAAAUCAAAAGUGUAGCGAACGUCUGAUAUAUUGAACCAGAGACAUUAUUUAUUAGUCCAAAUCCUUAACACUGCUCACCAUUCCAUGAGGAAAACGGUGACCUUGGAGUUCAGACUUCCCUGAAUGUAUUGAACAUGGAAAGAAAUGACCACCCAUGUCUGUGCUGCCAGCAAGGGAAGCCACAGGGAAACUUCCUGCCUGAAAAGCGGUCACUUCUAUUGAGAUGGAACAAGUUCCUUGAUGUGCAUGGACAGUAACACAACCUGUACAUAUGUAAAAUAGAAUUAUGCCAUAGCAAGGUUGCUUGGUUAAAAUAAGACGUUUCAAAUAAUUAAAUGCUGUUGCCUGUACUGACUGUGAUAAUUUAAUGUAUCUUAGGAAAAUUUUACAUUAAUAUUGACUGACAGCUGAGCUAUGUCAUUUUUCUUAUGUUUUAUUUCCUUUAACAAAUUUUUAUUCCUAAGUUCAUUGAUAAUAAUUUCAUGUUUUGUAAAGAUCCCAGGGUUUUAUGUGUUUAUAGGCAAAUAAUAAAUAGAGAGAGCGCUAGGUUGACUUUCAGGUACUAAAUGCCUCAACCUGUUGUGAAACGGUUGACUGGGUUUCUUCCCGGAAUGGUACUAGUCUGGUACGGAGAUGUGGCUUCAUAUGGGUUCAGCAGACUGGUGAGACAUUUUCCAAAUGUGCUCUAAAAAGGAAACCUCUUCUGACUUUCUUUUGUGAAUGUCUAGAUUUUUUUUGUGUGUGUAGUAAAAUAAUAAUUUCUGGAA